AUGGGAGCAAAAUGUUGUGCUCAACAACCAAUACUGAGUAAUCAAGUUAUCAGCAAUUCUCAAACUGCUGCAUUUAUUGAAUAGUUACAAUAUGUUACUACGGACAAUUAAAAAAUAAUAGCCUAAGAAGUUUCCGCUGAAAUAACAGAUGAAAAGAAGUAGGAGUUGGACCAAAGGAAAGGCGACGAAGAUCCAAAUAUUUUCAAAUCCCUCUAAUAACAAUCACAAAAACAAGACGUAUAAUAGCCAACUGAGGUUCCCUAGCAACUUCAACAUCCUGAUUUGAGGCUUUAUGAAUAAACAAUUGAAAUUACUAACAAUAACAUCAAGAGAACUCUAGAAAGAAUUGGAAAGUAUAUUCCGAUCUAAUAAAUGUAAAUUGGUGGUUAAAUUCAACCUCCUUAUUAAAUAAAGGGAGAAGUCAUAUACGUAGGAACUUGGGAGGGCAUAAAGAGAGAAGGUUAUGGUAAAUAAUUUUGGUAGGACGGGUCCUUUUAUGAAGGCUAAUGGUAAAAUGACAUGAUUUGUGGACAUGGUAGAAUAAUUUACGCAGAUGGAGAUGCAUAUGAAGGGUUUUGGAUGAAUGGAAAUGCUAAGGGAUUUGGAAUAUAUUACCAUUUCGAUGGAGCUCGAUAUGAAGGGUAAUGGUACGAUAAUCUACAAGAUGGUGAAGGUAAAGAGUAUUGGCCAGAUAAUUCAUAUUUUGAAGGAUAAUAUAAAUAAGGUAAAAAGAACGGAAAUGGUACUUUUACUUGGAAUGACGGUGCCAAAUAUCAAGGAUAGUUUCUUGAUAACUAAAUUCAUGGCUAAGGAGAAUACACUUGGGCUGAUAAAAGAAGAUAUCAAGGAGAGUGGAAGGAAAAUAAAAUGGAUGGGAAAGGUACCUUUGUUUGGCCUGAUGGUAAGAAAUAUCUAGGAGAUUAUAAAGAGGAUAAAAAGUGUGGAUAUGGUGAAUUUUAUUGGCAAGAUGGAAAAAUAUAUAAAGGUUAUUGGAAGGAUGGAAAGUAACAUGGCAAAGGUGAAGUCAUCGAUCCAAGUGGUAAUAAAUAAACAGGAGAGUGGUUGGACGGCAAGAAAAUUUGA